CAGAAAAAAAAUCACAGAGAGCAAGGAGAACUGACAUAUGAGCAAGAGUAGAAAGCCAGUAGAGAAAGAGGGGAGGGACAGAAAGAGACUGAGAGGAGGCAAGACCAGGAGGCAGAGAUACCCUUAGCUUGGACUGUAGGCUGUCUUUGUGGCCAGUUAACCUGUUAUUCGGUUAGUUGGCAAGCCAGGCCGUCACUUGGCAGGGAUGGGUGAUCCAGCGACCCUGGUCGAGUCCGUCACAACUCCUGUUGUCACGGCAAUCCCCACGGUGACAGCUGGGGAAAUGCAAGAUGUUAAUAAAGCCCAAUCAGCCAAUAAGAAUGGGAAGAAGGCAGACUCUGGGUCCAGCAGCGGCAGCUUCUUCACCUGGUUCAUUGUCCUGGCCCUGCUGGGUGUCUGGACAUCUGUAGCCGUGGUUUACUUCGACCUGGUCGACUAUCAGGGAGUCGUUGACAAGGCUAAGGGCAUACAAAUUAACCUGUCUGAGGCCUUGCAAGGUAAACUGGUGGCAUACGAUACAGACGGCGAUGGUGAUUUUGAUGUCGAGGAUGCUAAAGUUCUGCUAGGACUGAAAGAGAAGGCCGUUGUCGUCACUUCCCGUAAAGAAGAAGCCGCUGCCCCAGUGGAGACUCCUGAUGCUGAACCUACACCAGAAGCUGUUAUUGAGCCUGAGCCUGAGCCUGUGGAAGAUGUGAUUGAAGCUGCUGUAGCAGAGGACACUUCUGCACCUGCACCAGAGCCUGAACCUGAGGUAGCAGCUGAGCCUGAGCCCGAACCAGAGCCUGAACCAGAGCCUGAACCAGAGCCUGAACCAGAGCCUGAACCAGAGCCUGAACCAGAGCCUGAACCAGAGCCUGUGGAGACUCCUGAGGUGAUUGAGGAGGAUCCAGAGGUGCUGGAGGAGGAGCUUCCUGCUGUGGAAGAGGAUGCCCCUGUGGAGGAGGCUGUUCCAGUUGAGGAGGUUGCAGAGAUGAUGGCAGACCAGUCUGAAGAGGAGGCAGCAGCUGAAGAGGAAACGGCAACAGAGCAGGCUAUGGAGGAGGAGGCCGAGGAGGCCACGGAGGAAUUUGUAGCGGAGGUGGAGGUUGCAGUGGAGGAAGACGAGGAGACUGCGGAGGACAUUUUAGCAGAGGUGGAGGAUGCAUUGGAGGAAGACGAGGAGGCUGCCGACGAGGCCGUGGAAGAGCCUGCUGCAGUGGAGGAGACCGAGGAGGCUGCUGCUGAAGAGGUGGGAUCAGAUGCUUAUACUGUAGAGGAAGAGGAAGCUGCUCCUACAGAAGAAGCUGUUGAGGAGCCCGCUGAAGAGGAGGCAGCACCUUCAGAAGAAAGUGUCGAAGAGGUAGCGCAAGAAGAGGAGGCAGCACCUUCAGAGGAACCUGCUGAAGAGGAGGCAGCUCCAACAGAAGAAUCUGUGGAGGAGGAUGCGGAAGAGGAGGAGGCAGCACCUUCAGAAGAAGCUGCUGAGGAGUUAGCACAAGAAGACGAAGCAUAUCUUUCAGAAGAGGCAGUGGAGGAGGCUGUAGAAGAGGAGGCAGCUCCCUCAGAAGAGGCAGUGGAGGAGGCUGUAGAAGAGGAGGCAGCUCCCUCAGAAGAGGCAGUGGAGGAGGCUGUAGAAGAGGAGGCAGCUCCCUCAGAAGAGGCAGUGGAGGAGGCUGUAGAAGAGGAGGCAGCUCCCUCAGAAGAGGCAGAGGAGGAGGCUGUAGAAGAGGAGGCAGCUCCCUCAGAAGAGGCAGUGGAGGAGGCUGUAGAAGAGGAGGCAGCUCCCUCAGAAGAGGCAGUGGAGGAGGCUGUAGAAGAGGAGGCAGCACCUUCAGAAGAAGCUGCGGAGGAAGCAGCUCCCUCACAAGAGGCAGAGGAGGAGGCUGCUGAAGAGGAGGAGGCAGCUCCCUCAGAAGAGGCAGUGGAGGAGGCUGUAGAGACAGAGGCAACUCCAGAAGAAGUCGUAGUGGAGGAGCAAACGGUACCAGUAACAGAGACGGAAGAAGUAGCACACGAAGCAGAGGAUGCAGCAGAAGAAGCAGCAGAGGAACAGAUUCAGGAUGAGCCCACAGAAACGUAAAGGCUGCCGCCAUCGUCGUGGUGACGGAGCAGGGACCCACUGACCUUGCAUCAGCACCAUCUGAGCGUGCUCAGAGCGAUGAUGCACCCCUCCACCUCCAGAGAAACAAUUGAGUCGUUAUGACAACACUCUCUCCCCAUCUGCCCCCCCCCCCCCUCCCCCUGUUUUCCCACCUUCCUUUUUCAAAUUUUUUUCUUUUGGUGUAAACGUGAGAUAAUGGCUAACUUGUUUACUAAUAUGGUACUCCCUGUUUUUACCCUUCUCGUUUUUCUUUCAAUCACCGUUCUUAAAGCACCCAUUUCCAUUUUUGUUCAGGGUGAUUGAGUUCUGUGGGACUGGCCAUGUGAAAGCUGUUUGUUCUCCUUACAGCCAGUCUACCGGAGUCUGUAACGUUAAACUGCUCUGGAACUUUUAUUUUGAAGUCUCUGUGAUAGUUUGGCUUCCUGGAGCUGAAUUCUGUUAAGUAAACUGAGACCAAAGUUGAUAGCCGGGCCGUCGUCGGACAGUUUGAAAUCGGUCUGCGUUCGAAGACUCAGACUGCAGACUUUCUCCACUCUGGGCCUUUCCCUCCUGAUUUAAAAAACAAAACAAAACAAAAAAUCAGCUUGACGGAGGUAUCACAAUAUAUUAUUUUAAAUUAAGUCAUUUAAAUCCAAACAAAAUGAUAUUUUCUGCCCCUCUUAAGUUCAGAAUUUAGAAGCCCAUCUCCAUUCAGCUUGUUAGUUCUGCUCAGUGUUGUAGAUUCUAUGCAAAGCUGUCGUGAUGUCCGUAACCUACCUCCCCCCCCCCCCUUCCUCACCCAGCCAGUUAAUUUACCACUCAGUAUAUGUGUCAACUCCAGGAUGAGCCGUAUGCUAGCAUGUGAAUUCAGAGAAAGCACGGGUGUGUGUGUGUGUGUGUGCGUGUGUGCGUGCGUGUGUGGAUGUAUUCCUUCGAUGUAUCCAGUGAUGAGCGCGUUCUUGUGUGUUGACAAGUCUUUUACUCACCAAUACUUUCUGUGAGCAGUAGAAGUCGUGAUGUGGUUUCAAGGAGUUUGUUUAACUUUUUUCUUUCUUCUCGUUUGUUCUCUAGCUAACUUUACCUCCGUGUGUUUGUGUUCUGUAGAUGCCUAGCGGUUUUUUUGUUUAGUUUGUGUUCCAUUUUCAGAUAUGAUUCCCUAGAUCAUCUGACCAGACGAUCUUAAAGUCUGAUAUGAAGUUAUAACUUUAAACUUCAGCUCUUAAGUUUUAAACUGUGAUGUAAAUGAGGACAUCAUGGACGGUGCAAAGCUGUCACACUGUGGUGUAAAGAUUUUUUUUUUUUUCUCCAAAUGGAUCUGGCUGUCAGGCUGAUUCCACGUUCUUUAGUGGUAGCGUCGGUGUAAAAGAGGAGUUAUCUGUGGCUCACAGAUCAGGCAUCAUGUUCCUGUGGAUGUCGGCCAUAACUAGCUGACUGCCAACCAGUUUAAUGAACAAGAUUUUUGGUUUCUAUCAUCAGUGGCAUGUGUUUGAUUCCAAAAGGGAGACUUAGUGACACAUUUCUUUAGUCACUGUUCCCUUUUCCUUUGUGAAAUCAGAAUCUGUCUUGGUGUGUGUUUUUUUUUUUUUAAUUUUUUUUUUUAUUAUUGAUCCAUGGUAACAUCAUCUUACAAACCAUUCCAUCACAUAACUAAAGUUUAAUGAUUAAGAAGGCCUAUUGAGAGCGUUAUGUAUUUAGUUUUGAACCUGCAGGUGAACAUCUUUUGGUGUCCCUGUUGUAUUACAAGAGAUAGAACUGUGACACUAAGGGCGUUCUCACACCUCUAGUUUGUUUAGCUCUGGUCCGAAUCAGUUGAUGAGUUUGUAAACUUGGAGCGUUUCCCUUUUUGGUUCGGUUUCAUUUCACACAGA